AUGUCUACCAGACGAUUUGAACAACCUUGCCCUGAACCCUCUGCACUCAGCAAACUGAUAGAAGCUGCCGAUGCAUGUGGCAACCCUUUCUCAGCAACUACCCUUCAAAUCCUGCACAAUCUCCAAUACCAGCAUCUCUGGACCUCUUUGCAAAUUCACGACAUCUCCACGGCCUUGGAUGCCUCGAAAGAUUCCUCGAAAGGCCCAAUUACAUCUUCGCCGGACGAUACUACACCAACUUUGAUUUCCGGCAUUCCUCCACACCGUGUGUACACGCAUCCGGAUGAGCAACUUUACAUGCUGGAACAAGGACUCCGUGAAGAUGACCUGAAGCCAGAGCGACUUUUCGUGAUCCCCACUGCACAGGGUCAGGCGUGGAGUUUACGGCGUAUGGCUGCUGUCUUUGAUGCGAUGUCGGAAGUUCAGGCGGAUGAGAGCAUGGGGGAAGGCAACACCGCCAAGGCAGAGCAGCUGGCAAAGUACUACAAGAGGCGGGAGAAGGCCCGCGAGACAUCGGAAUGGGGUGCGAAGAGAGUCUUGUUGGCAAUGGUGGAUAAGGGUAUGGGUGGAGAGGGGACGGUGGUUUACUAUGUUGUGCAAGAAGGCGAAGUCAAGCCGCGACAGAACUGA